CGAGUGAAUGUCCUUUUUUUUUACUACCGACGUACUUCUCGAUAGUUAGAUACCUCCAGAUUUCUCGAAUUGAGCGAAUUCUGCGAAGAGCUCGAAGUGAAUUUAUGUCUCGAAACUUUCAAAAUUUCAGGAAUCAACGACUGGCUCGAGGAAGCGAAUUAAUAUUAUCAUCCGACUUCAUUCGCGCUUCGCGCGAGAGAAAGCGUUUGUUUAUUGCAUCAAUUAAGAAAAAAAAAGUUCGAUCCCGCGGAGGGAGUAUAUCUUAUUGCUAAUUUUCGCGCGGAACGUGCUGUCGCGGAUUUUUCUUCCUCCGAAGAAAGCUGUCGCUCUCUCGAGGAGGAUGCCAGUAUAAUUCGUUAAUCGCGAAGACUUUUCCCCGCCUGACUGACUCGCGUAUGCAAACCGGUGGGACGAGAUGCUGCUCGCCGGCGUGCAGCGGGAGAGCCGUUGAACGCGAGCGGCUCUCCGCUGGCGAUGCUUCGGGGGCGGUGAUUCGGGAAAGACGGGGAGAGGAUACUCCGUGGGGUAGCGAGAGACUGUUUAGCGACGCGGCGCUUCCGGGACCGCCGGUGAGGCACGAUCGAUACCUUUAUCGGGAUCGCAGCGCGGCCGGCCCGAAGGGGUGGUGCUGAAGGUGCUGUCGGGGAGAAAAAAAAAGCAUGCAGCUGCUUUCCAGCUUCAUGGGUCGGCAGACGAAGCGAGGAGCCUCCUUGAAAAAAGGAAAGCGCGAGUCCAUCGGAGGCGGGAAUCUUGUUGGUAAUUGGCCGUAUUCGACGGGGGGUCCGAUCAGACCCCUCAACGGUAACGUUGGCGGCGGCGGUGCGGCGGGGGGCACCAACAUGACACCGGACGAUCCAGCGCCCGACGAAGAAUUCGCCCUCGCCGUCGCGCAAAAAGCACAGAGAGAUGCAGAGGCAAUCCGCACCGCUCUGUAUCUCGGAGUGGCACUCGCGAUCACCUGGAUAAUAGGAGCGGCUGGCCUGUCCCUGGCGUGGCUGGUUCUGGUCCUGGCACUGGCGACGACCGUCGUUAAGGCGAGAGUCUCCCGGCUCCUUCAGACGGAAUUGCAGCACGAGCUGGCCAGGUUACGUAGGAGACGGGCCCUGUACAAAGACGAGACCGCCGAGUGGCUCAGUCUGCUCCUCAACAAGUGGUGGAGGUUCAGCGCCGCCAGCAUAUUUUCUUUGGCGAAGGAACGACUGGAACCUCUCCUUAAUGAGGCCAAACCCGGUAUACUAGGCCCAUUAGAAUUACGCGAACUCACUCUGGGCGAACAGACGCCGUGCAUCACUCGCAUCAGAACGCUUGAUUGCUGCAGCGAUGACGAUCUUCCCAAUGGCCACCACUUCGGCCAGACUAAAUUGUCCAUCGAAGCGGACCUGCGGCUGGACUGCGAGCAAUUCCGCAUGCUCAUCACCACGCGGUUGUUUGGCAAAGGUGUGGGGAUGGACAUCGACCUGGCGGUGGAGAAACUGUCGCUGUCCGGCACGAUUAUCGUCAAUUUAACCCUGAACACAUCGGCGCCGUUUCCACACGCGACCGGGCUCAGCCUGAGCUUUCUGGAGAAGCCGGACGUUUGGUUCAGCGUAAAAAUCCUGCGAGCGGUGCAGAUGAUGGAGAUGCCGCUGAUCAAGACCUGGAUUCACGCGGUGGUCACGGACGCUCUGGCCAGCUGGCUGGUCGACCCCGGCCACUUGGAGCUGAACCUGAGGGCGCGGGAGCGACCGGGUCCUGGAUUGGACUCCGUAAUCAGCUUGUUGCCGCAGGGCGUGCUUACCGUCGUCCUGUGCCAGAACGGUUGCUCUGCGAACGUCGCUGAUGAGGUGAGAUGGCUCGUGGUAACGGUGGGCGAUCAGAGACGGAUCACCUCGAACUUGAGCACCACGUGGACCGAGGACGUGUCUUUCUUGGUCGGGCCGUUAGACAACGAGAGGAUCACCAUCAAGCUGAAAGCGAAACGGAUCGUUAGUACGAUCACUCUGGCUCAGUUCGAGUUAGCGUUAGGGGUCUACGACUGGGAGAAUUCGCAGGUCGUUGAAACCGUGUUACAACAAAAGAAACCGUCCCGCAGUAGCGCUAACAUUCCGAGCAUCAAUGCGCGACUGGAAUACACCACUUUGCCACACUUGGAACCCGACUUGCCGCAGCCAGAACUAAUGGCCGAUAACAUGCAUCUUGCAGUGUCGCGAGACUCUUGCCACAAAGCGCACAAAGCAGGGGUAUUGGUGGUUUACAUUCAUUCCGCUGACAAUCUCCACGGCGAUACCGCCCAGUGCAAUCCUUAUUGCAUGCUGUUUAAUAAUCGAAAGAAGGUGAAAACGACGCAUUACAUUCGUUCGACAACGUCCCCGGUUUGGGACUGCAGAGCGCAAUUUCUCGUGCAAGAUUACACGCAAGUGUCGCUGAGCUUCGUCAUUUAUUCGUGGAAUAUAGUAAAGUCAGUGGAUACAGACAUGCUUGGACUGGCCAUGCUAUCUCUGUCUCAGGACACGACCUGGAUCGUCAGGAAGGAACUCAUGCUCAGCGGUUCCAACAUCGUCUCUGCCAUGACGGUCUCCGUACUGUUUUACCCUAUCAAGAGUGUACAGCAAGUGGUGAACAGUCGCAGAAGCAGCUUGGUUCCAACUACGCUGGACGACGAACCGAAAAUCAAACGGAACAGUCUGCCGUGGAUGCAACAGGCGAGGCUGUUAUUAACGCACAAGGACGCGGAUCCCACCUCCUCCGAUAUAUCCAGUCUCCUGUCCACCGGAAGCGGUUUGAUGGAGGUGACGUUGCUGCGCGCGAGGGAUCUCGUCGCGAAGGACCUGAACGGCUUCAGCGAUCCCUUCUGCGAGCUGAAGUUGAACAACGAGACGAAGUACAAGAGCAGCAUAAAGAAGAAGACGCUGAACCCCUGCUGGGACGAGAGUUCCAUCAUGGGCCUGCCGAAGACCGGGGAAGCUUUAGAUAUCGUGUUAUGGGAUCACGAUACUUUCGGCAUGAAGGAUUACCUUGGGAAAGUAUCACUGACUCUCGACGAUAUCAGGAAGCUGUCGAACAGCGAUCAGUCCCAUUGGUUUCCGCUCAAGGAAACCAAAACGGGAUCUAUAGAGCUGAAAAUUAAGGUCUUGUCGGAGGAAUGCGAGACGCAAAGCACGUACGCAACCAGCAAUGUCAGCGACAAUUCUUCUCGUCUAAACACCGAGCCCGAUUCCUUGUCGAGUAUCGUGCGAAGGCCUUCCAUGGAAAAAUCUAAAAUACGUCUGCACUUAGAUCCGGUCGUGCCGCCGCCACCUCCACCGCGCACUGUCACCCUCCUGAAGCCAACUACGUCCAACCAGUCCGAUAAGGUCAGCAUCACCAGCAAAGAGUCCAACGACGUGAACGGAAUGCCAAGUUUCUGGAUUCCGAAGGUCAUCACGGAAUCGGUGGCGGGUAAUUCCGUCGACGAGGCCGACACCAACAAGGUGAUCGCAGAGAGACGGGCCUCCCAUCACAGCUUGACCCCCAGCCCCGAGCAGAGCUUCGGCAAGAAGUUACCGCAGUACAACAGCUUCCGCAUGAUGAAGCAGAAGGUGAAGAGGGGUUUGAAACUUCGUAGAUUUCGCUCAGAAGUGACUAUAGAGGAUAAGACCGAUAACAAAGGCAUCACGUUGAGCCUGGAACCCAGAGGUGGCGGAGAGGCCGACGCCACGGAGCUCUUGUCGGAAUCCGGCCUGGCACACGCGGUGUCGCAACCAGACAUGCUGGGCAGAAUACGGCAGUCCAGUCCGCGAUUAAGAUUGAGGCCGAAUGAUUUAAAAAUUGUCAACGGCACUAGAGAGAAGUAUUCAGGGGUGGAAGGGAAGGUUCUUCAAGCGCAGGGUCUCCACGUAGCGCACAUCGCCCAGUUGUACUGCCGAGUAAAGCUUCAAACGAGCACCAGUCCGGAUAAGAUCGUCUCGCUUAACGGCGGUAAGACCAUCGCGAAAUCGCGACUCCUGCCAGCUAUGCCUAAUCCUCAGUUCAGCAUAGACUUCCAUAUAGACGGCGACGGUGUACCGAGACAGGCGUUACUGAUAUUUGAGAUCAGGAGCGCCAGCAAGGAGCUGCUGGCCAGUCGACGUAUAACUCUACACGAAUUGCUAGGUGUGUCUGCAGCUACCGACGAAAUUCACACGUGGUUGGCGCUGAAUAACGGCGCGUCACUGGAAGUACAAAUCGCUCACGGAAGGGAGUUUAAGAAUAAGUCGUCGAAAAAGUUGUUCCGCUCCUGGUCGGUUCAUCGGAUAGGGAAAAUAUGAGACUUAAAGAAAACCAGAUACUGCAGCUGUAUUUAACGCGCGUUCAUAAAAUCUUAAGAUCUUUUAACUCGUUCCUGGGAACACAAUUUUACCUCGAGAACGCGAAUUCCGUUAGCGUUCGUCGCAUUAAUGAGGAAACGGAUAAAGAUCCUGAUUAAUGAGAGGAAUAUUUUUGCAAGUCGCGAUUAUCUUUUACAAUCUUUUUACAAGCUGUACACAAGAAUUCUUAAGAUCACAUCGAGCCACUGCAUGUAUUAUAAACUUUAACAGCAUUCCACAUAACGUUUAUCUCAGCCUUUUGUAUGAUUGCAUUAACGAGGACUUGCUAUUCUAAGUACAUGGAACUUUCGACAAAAUUGUACAAGAUAAAUUAGAAAGAGAGAGAUAAAGAUAUAUAUACAAAGAGAUAUAUGUAUGUUAAGUCCUAAUUUAUGUAUAUUAUAGAUUUUUAAUAUUCGCAAAAUUUAAUACGAGAAAUAUAUUGAGAUAUCAGUGAGAUAUAUAUUAAAAUGCCACUUCGUUCACUCAUAAUUUCCGAAUAUAUUACAUUUGUACAUUUACAUGUAUUGCUAUUUUAUAAUACAAUAUAUA